AUGGCACACCUCUAUCCCAAAGCGGAAGCCUUGAAGGGCGCCUUCUUCAGCCCAGCAUCUACAAAUCACAACUCGCAGAAUACGGCGACUCCUCUCCAGGCUCGCCCUGAACUCUACGGAGCUUGGUCCGUGGUGGACAACGCCAAAGAUAAGGCCGUGAAACUGAGCAAUGAAGCUACCAAGGAAUUUGAAAAGGCCAGUUCCGCAGCGCAAGCCAAGGCUGGAAAGAUUGAGCUGUACUCUGGAAAGUAUUACGCGGCGUGUACUUUUGGAGGAUUGAUGGCAUGUGGUCUUACCCACACUGCCGUCACACCUCUUGAUUUCGUCAAAACUCGCCGUCAGGUCGACUCAUCCCUCUACAAGAGCAACUUUGAAGCAUGGGGAAAGAUUUACCGUGCUCAAGGCCUCCGUGGCAUCUUCACUGGCUGGAGCCCAACCUUCUUUGGCUACUCGGCCCAAGGUGCCUUCAAGUAUGGAUGGUAUGAGUACUUCAAGAAAACAUAUUCCGACCUUGCUGGUCCGGAAGCUGCCCACAAGUACAAGACUGGUCUGUAUCUAGCCGCCUCGGCAUCAGCUGAAUUCCUUGCCGACAUUGCCCUCUGCCCCAUGGAAGCUAUCAAGGUUCGAAUGCAGGGAGGCUCGCCAAACCCCUAUACCGGAGCUCUUGAUGGAUUCAGUAAAAUCACUGCAAAGGAAGGUUACGCUGGUCUCUACAAAGGUCUUUAUCCCCUCUGGGGCCGCCAAAUCCCUUAUACCAUGAUGAAGUUUGCCUCAUUUGAAACUAUCGUUGAGAUGAUCUACGCUCGCCUGCCUGGACAAAAGGAUGAUUACGGCAAGGCUGCGCAGACCGGUGUCUCCUUCACUGCUGGUUACCUUGCUGGUAUUCUUUGUGCUAUCGUCUCUCACCCGGCAGAUGUCAUGGUCAGCAAGCUUAACUCGGUACGCGAGCCCGGAGAGGGUUUCGGUUCCGCCGUGGGACGUAUCUACAAGGAUAUUGGCUUCAGAGGUCUGUGGAACGGCUUGCCUAUGCGAAUUGUCAUGAUUGGCACCUUGACUGGUCUCCAAUGGAUGAUUUACGACUACUUCAAGAUCUUCAUGGGCUUGCCCACCACUGGCGGUGCCGCCCCGCCCCCCGAGGAGAAGAAAUAG